AUGAGCUCUCAUCAACAAUUAUUCUACAACAAGAAUUAUAGUAAGAUCAUCCAAGAUUUGAGCUCUAAUCAAGAUCCAUCUAUCCAAGAAACACAUAAUUUGUCUAUUUGCAAGUAUUUAUCUAACGGCGAAUCUCCACUUCCAACCUUAAUGAAUUUAUGUGAUUCCAUUCUUCAAGACAUUCAAUCACCAAAUCAAUGGCCAUCUAAUCCAUCAUGGCCAUUGAUUUUAUAUCAUGUUUCUUUAUAUUCUCUUAAAUUUUGUUCAUAUGAAAAAACACAGAACAUUUUGAACGAUCUUUGGAACAAUAAUGAUAAGCAAGAUAAAUUCCUAAUGCUUUCACUUUCACAAUAUUUUACAACAAAAAAUUAA